GACUGCCGGGAAGGCAUACGUGCCCGUAGCCGGGUCCACGGCCGCCGGGAUGGCGACUCCGAGAGUGUUCCCGCUUUCCUGCGUCGCCCAGCAGUACGCCUGGGGCAAGAAGGGCUCCACCAGCGAAGUGGCCUGUCUGCUGGCCAGCAAUGACCCACUGGCCCAGAUCGCCGAGGACAAGCCCUACGCCGAGCUGUGGAUGGGGACGCACCCCCGGGGUGAUGCCAAGAUCCUUGACAAUCGCAUCUCACAGGAGACCCUCGGCCAGUGGAUUGCCGAGAACCAGGACUGCUUGGGCUCCAAGGUCAAAGACACCUUUCACGGCAAGCUUCCCUUCCUCUUCAAAGUGCUCUCAGUGGAAACAGCCCUGUCCAUCCAGGCACACCCCAACAAGGACCUAGCAGAGAAGCUGCAUCUCCAGGCUCCACAGCACUACCCUGAUGCCAACCACAAGCCCGAGAUGGCCAUUGCCCUCACCCCUUUCCAGGGCUUGUGUGGCUUCCGCCCAGUUGAGGAGAUUGUGACCUUUCUGAAGAAGGUGCCUGAGUUCCAGCUCCUGACAGGAGAUGAGGCAGCCACGCAGCUGAGGCAGAGCGUGAGUAACGACACCCAGGCUGCAGCCUCGGCUCUGCGCAGCUGCUUCUCCAAUCUCAUGAGGAGUGAAAAGAAGGUGGUGGUGGAGCAGCUUAACCUGUUGGUGAAGAGGAUUUCCCAGCAAGUGUCUGCGGGGAACAGCGUGGAGGACAUUUGCGGGGAGCUCCUGCUGCAGCUGCACCGGCAGUACCCGGGAGACAUCGGGUGCUUUGCCAUCUACUUCCUGAACCUGCUUACCCUCCAGCCUGGAGAGGCCAUGUUUCUGGAGGCCAACGUACCCCAUGCCUACCUGAAGGGAGACUGUGUGGAGUGUAUGGCGUGCUCAGACAACACGGUGCGCGCUGGCCUGACACCCAAGUUCAUCGACGUGCCAACCCUGUGUGAGAUGCUCAACUAUACUCCAAGCCCCAGCCAGGACCGGCUCUUCCCCCCAACACAGAGUCCGGGGGACCCCUACCUCUCCAUCUACGACCCCCCUGUGCCAGAUUUCACUGUCAUGAAAAUGGAGGUCCCUGGCUCCGUCUCCGAGUACAAGGUUCUGGCAGUGGACUCGGCCAGCAUCCUCCUGGUGGUGCGGGGCACCGUGACGGCCAGCACCCCCGCGGCCCAGGCCCCCAUCCCCCUGCAGCGGGGCGCUGUGCUGUUCAUCGGGGCCAAUGAGAAUGUCUCGCUGGAGCUCACUGCACCCCAAGACCUGCUGCUCUUCCGGGCCUGCUGUCUGCUGUAGAGGCCACAGCCUCCCUGCCCUCAUGGCCAGUCACCCCAACUCUGUGCUAGCCCGGCCUUCUCAGGCCCCUCCCUGCUGGGGGCGGAGCCAGAGGAGCUGUUGGAGGAGUCCAGGUCCAGGCUGCCCUGGCCCUGCGGUAGUCAAGCACUCCAGGACCUCAUGCACUGAGCCAGGCCCGCGUUCCCCAGGCCGCAGCUCCAGCCUUGCCACGAGGCUGUGGUGACUCCCAAGCUCUAGACCCACUCCUGCAGCGGCCUCGGCUCCAGGGAAGGCAGAGAGAAUCCCAGAUCAUCUUGUCUGUGCAAUUAAAGAUAGUGUGCGGAGGCUGUGGGGCAUGUGCACUCAGCCUCUGGUAUUCCUCUCCCCGAAGUGGGCGGGAAUUUCUCCCUGGAA